AUGAUGGGCACCACUGGUCGUGUCUCGAUUGACCAAUGGUUGGCAAAUGUGUCACCGGAGGACCUGGGAGGGGACCAUGUCCGCAAUCGAGAUCGUACGGAUGCACUUGUCCCAAACGAUGGUCCUCAGUCACCUUGUCUGCCGUUGGAAACACCCAACACUAAGUUCACUCCACAACGACCACGGUUGAAUAAGCGCCAUCGAGAUGAGCCGGAUAGAGGUCCAGACCCUCCACAACAAUCUGACCAGAAGAAGAUUCACAGUUAUGAUCGGAAUCCUCGUCGCAAAACCCGGGAGGAUCGAUAUAAGUAUCAAACAACUGGCAUGUCCGCUGGGCAGCUUCACGGAAAGAAGAAUCCCAAAAGGGCCAAAACAUUGCGCCGAACUAGAAAGCAAACGACGAAUGCCGGAUUCCAUGCUCCCAAUGUGGCUCGAGAUAGGUUGACGCUCCAGCCCCUUGCCAUGGUUGGCAUAUUCAGCAAGGGGAAAUCAUCAUCUCCCAUUGAGCUACGUCAAGAUCAGUAUCGUGAUACGCGCAAUGGACACAGAUCAGCGAAAAUGACGGGUUUCCCGUCGACGGGGUCGGGUCUUGCAUUUUCAGAAACAAACGUUACUUUUGACAAGAAGCAGAUACCCCCGAAGUCGUCUACAUCUAACGGGACCGUGCUGGGACCGCUGGAGAUGGACCAUCACCCACGUGGGAACAUAUUGGUUGAUUGCUCCGGUGAUAAACGCUCGCUGAAACUGGUCACGAAUCCCCCGAAGUCAGGAUCGAUUAAGUCGACCAACGCACACAAUGGAAAUCUUGCCAUGACUGCGAAUCUGGGAGAGUCUCAGGAAUCGUCCAGACCCAAACUCAUAUUCCCCGCUGCCACAUCUCAAAGAAUUUUCCCGCAGCAGUGGGUUCUGGAGGCCAGCCAACUGAACUGUCUUCCAGAGUCUCGGUCUGCUACCCCAUAUACGUGGUCUGAAAGUGAACCCUACCAGACACGGCUUGACCGUUCGAUAGAAGAUACUCUUCUGGCUGUUCUUCAGAUCAAUCUGCAAGCAGGGAUCAAUGAAAACAGCAAGUCUGCCGACAUGGAUCGACGUUACUACGAACUCAAAGACCUGCAGGAAAUCUUAGAGGCUAGGAGGGAAUUAUGGGAAGAAGGGGGAAGUGGAGGUUACCCAGCGACUUGUCUAUCCUCACAUUCCAUUUCUCGACCUACCCAUGCGGCAUCCAGAUCACGAAGUGGAUGGAACGGGACACUCCAUGCCAGAAGGAUGGUUGAGGAAGACCUGGCAGAUAGUGAUCAUAUCUUCCAACAGCUGGAUAUGCUCUUCCAGGAGAUUGUCAGCUCCCAGGAUGGGAGGCCGACUCUCGAGGGGGAGCAGCUUGAAAUACCUCAGCCUCAGCCAGGACCCCCGCACUCCCUCAAGGCAGAUUUUGACACUUUCCCUUCCAAUAACUCAAAGGAAGCUCGUUGUGAUCGCCGUCAUAUGGCCCCGUGCGACAGAAUCAGCCUAGAUAAUGACACAUCUGCAUCGCUUCGUGGAACACUGUCGGUUAUUCGAGUCGGAACUUCCCUAGGGCCAAGCUCAAGUUGCAACAAAAAUGAUUUCCCGGCAUUUAUACCGACACAUUCUACGGAUCAGCAGCUUCUGAGCCAGCAGCAAUCUUUCACAGCGAUGCCCAGCCGGCGUGGGCUCCCAGCAGCGCAGUCGACCUUAGAACAGAAUACCUUCCCGCUCGGCUUUUGGCGGCAAAACAAGUUAUAUUAA